UCCCGUUCCCGGGCGGCGGGUUCUGAAGCGGCGGCGCGAUGAGCUGGCCGGCCGCCCCCGGCUCGGGGCUGUGAGGGGCUCGGGGCCGGGGUGCGCGGCGGCGCGGCGGGCGGCGGACGCUCCUGCUCGGCGGCGGCCAUGCGAGCGGGCCAGGGCGGCGUCCCGGGGAGCGGCGGCCUGAGGGCCCCGCCGCCGCCGCUGCUGCUGCUGCUGCUGGCGCUGCUGCCCGCCGCCGCCCCGCGGUCCCCGGCCCUGGCCGCCGCUCCCGCGGGGCCCAGCGUGAGCCUCUACCUGAGCGAGGACGAGGUGCGCCGGCUGCUCGGUCUUGACGCAGAACUUUAUUAUGUGAGAAAUGACCUUAUCAGUCACUACGCUCUGUCCUUUAACCUGUUAGUGCCCAGCGAGACAAACUUCCUGCACUUCACCUGGCAUGCAAAGUCCAAGGUUGAAUAUAAGCUGGGAUUCCAAGUAGACAACUUUGUGGCUAUGGGCAUGCCCCAGGUCAAUAUUUCCGCUCAAGGGGAGGUUCCACGCACUUUAUCAGUGUUUCGGGUCGAGCUUUCCUGUACCGGCAAAGUAGACUCUGAAGUUAUGAUACUAAUGCAGCUCAACCUGACAGUAAAUUCUUCCAAAAAUUUUACAGUUUUAAAUUUUAAACGAAGGAAAAUGUGCUACAAAAAACUUGAAGAAGUAAAAACUUCAGCCUUGGAUAAAAACACUAGCAGAACUAUUUAUGAUCCUGUACAUGCAGCACCAACUACUUCCACGCGUGUGUUUUACAUCAGUGUAGGGGUUUGUUGUGCAGUAAUAUUUCUUGUAGCAAUAAUAUUAGCCGUUUUGCACCUUCAUAGUAUGAAAAGGAUUGAACUGGAUGACAGCAUCAGUGCCAGCAGUAGUUCCCAGGGGCUAUCUCAGCCAUCCACCCAGACGACUCAGUAUCUGAGAGCUGACACACCCAACAAUGCAACUCCUAUCACCAGUUAUCCUACCUUGCGGAUAGAGAAGAACGACUUGAGAAGUGUCACUCUUUUGGAGGCCAAAGCCAAGGUGAAGGAUAUAGCAAUAUCCAGGGAAAGGAUAACACUGAAAGAUGUACUUCAAGAAGGUACUUUUGGGCGUAUUUUCCAUGGGAUUUUAGUAGAUGAAAAAGAUCCAAAUAAAGAAAAGCAAACAUUCGUAAAAACAGUUAAAGACCAAGCGUCUGAAGUUCAGGUGACAAUGAUGCUUACGGAGAGCUGUAAGCUGCGAGGUCUCCAUCACAGAAACCUUCUUCCUAUUACUCAUGUGUGCAUAGAAGAAGGAGAAAAGCCCAUGGUGAUAUUGCCAUACAUGAAUUGGGGAAAUCUUAAAUUGUUUCUACGACAGUGCAAAUUAGUAGAAGCCAAUAAUCCACAGGCAAUUUCCCAGCAAGACCUCGUACAUAUGGCUAUUCAGAUUGCCUGUGGGAUGAGCUACCUGGCAAGACGGGAAGUGAUCCAUAAAGACCUGGCUGCUAGGAACUGUGUCAUCGACGACACUCUUCAAGUGAAAAUCACAGACAAUGCCCUUUCCAGAGACUUGUUUCCCAUGGACUACCACUGUCUCGGGGACAAUGAGAACAGGCCUGUGAGAUGGAUGGCUCUGGAAAGUCUGGUUAAUAAUGAAUUCUCUAGCGCUAGUGAUGUGUGGGCCUUUGGGGUGACGCUGUGGGAGCUCAUGACUCUGGGCCAGACGCCCUACGUGGACAUCGACCCCUUUGAGAUGGCCGCUUACCUGAAAGAUGGUUACCGAAUAGCCCAGCCAAUCAACUGCCCCGAUGAGCUGUUUGCUGUGAUGGCCUGUUGCUGGGCCUUGGACCCAGAGGAGCGGCCUAAGUUUCAGCAGCUGGUCCAGUGCCUCACAGAGUUCCACGCUGCCCUGGGAGCCUACGUCUGAUUGCUCAGCCCCACUGCUCAGAGGAAAGUGCCUGGUGCAGAGGCUUCGCGUGUAGCGCAGUGCCUGCAGGCACACAUUUGUCUCCCAGAACACCGUGCCUUAGGAACGCCUUCAAACCUGAACUUUUAAAGACAGACUUCAUAAUGUGGAGUAUUUUUUUAGAUACCACUUUCAUUAGGUUGAACCGAAAGGGGUUUUGUAAAUGUUUUGGCCAAAAAUUUUUUAAAAUAUAGUUUCUUUGGACUAGGGGGUGCAUUCUUAAAAAAAAUAAAUAAAUAAACAGUUUUAAAAAUUAUUUAGAUACAGAUAUUUGGAAUAGCUGUCUUAAUGCCAUCUGAUUUUAUCUUUAUGUUUUACUUCAUUGAAGAAAUGUAGGUGUCUCACCUUUAAAGCUACUUUAAUGUUUUUGUCACUACUUUUGGGAACGGUUUGUCUUCAAAAUGCGGUACUUUUUGUAGGAAAAACAGGAUAAAGAGGUGUCUGGUUUGCCUUCUACAAGGAAAAUUGAAGAAAAGGUAAAGAGAGAAGGAAAUUAAAGAAUAAAAAUUAAGAAGAACAUGCUGCCCCUGCAUGGAGAAUGGCUUGUCCAGUGAGUAUGGCUCUGUUCUCCUUAGGAGAAGCAGGCCCGAGUUUGUCACAUCUUGGUUAGCUUUCCCGUGAGCUGGACGAAGCCUGGGGCUCAUUCAUGACCUUAUUUAUUUUUGCUCUCUGGGCAAGGAGGUGACACAGUUCCGGGCAGUGAACUCUCUCCACCGCUGUGGUCCCUCUGCGCACACCUGGGCUGUGCUAUGUACAGAACCAGUGCUUUGGUUGUUGUGGGUUUGGGGUUUUUUUGUUUGUUUGUUUGUUUGUUUCUGCUUUUGUUUUUUGAUUUAAAUUGGUGAUUUUUAUGCUUAUCUUCAAGGCUGGCUUAAGUAUAAAUUUGUUUUUUAAAACACUUGAAAAAUUAAAGGACUCAUUUUAUA